UUUGUAGAACGCUGGAGAUAAGAAUGCGAUGUAAAUAAGAGCCGAUUCCUUGCUACGUGGGAACAUCAAGAUACGUGGAGGAGAAUUGUCAAGAAAAUGACAACGAAUUACUUGGAUUUGGAUAUUAACAAAUUGUUCGAGGAGUACACGAUAAAGGAGAUCGAGGGGAUCCAGAAGAAGAUUCAACAUGAGAGUGACAGGAAAAAAAUCGAACUUAGAACUUUAGUUGGGGAAAGGUACCGUGAUCUUAUAUUGGCUGCAGACACAAUUGGGAAAAUGAAGAUAACUUCUGAGAGAGUUAUUUCAAGGAUAACUAACAUCGAGGACAAAUUUAGGGAAUUACAGAAAAAGUAUCUUAUUGGAUUUAAAAUAGAUUCAGUUCAGAAUGAAGAUGUUAGAAAUAUCGAAACAAGUCAGAAUUCUGUCAUCAUUCAAAUAAAAAUCUUGAUGGACAUACCCCAAUAUAUCUGGUCGAAUAUUGAAAACAAGGAUUUAUUAUUUGCUACACAAUUGUAUUUGGUAGCUCAACAUAUAAAUUAUAGCCUGUCAUUUGAAGUAGGAAAUACAGAUUUAGCACUUAAGUACCCAAUUGUGUCUAAGCAAUGGGAUGUUAUUAGUCAGUUCAAGAAUAUCAUAUUUACUGAAUGUAAUAAUGUGUUACAAUCAUUAAGUGUAGAAUCAGGGAGCAUAGCAAAUUGUCUGGCAGCACUUGUGUUGUUGAAUGGAUCUUCGUUCUCAGAUUUGUUGGAUAAAUUAAUAUCAUUGCGUAACCAUGCAGUUAAAUCCAUUGUUACAGACGAAAAUGACAACAGUGUUAAAAAGAAAAUAAAAUCAUGUAUUGAAAUAUUGAUUCAAACAAUUAGUUUAAUUUAUUCUUGCUUCAUAAAUUCAGAUGGAAAAUCAGGUGGUCUUGUUUCACAAUAUUUAACAAAAAUUCAAGAUCAAGAAGCAUACUCUUUGCUCUCCCAGUUGGACUUCAAUCAAGAAUUAUUAAAGGAAUUUCUUCCUCUUGUGACUAAACAGCACAAACCAUUUGUCUCAAACAGUUUCGAAAACUUUUGUAUACCAGAUCUUCAAAAAAGUAUCAAAUCUUGGCUGGAAUGGGUAGCUGAGUUUUGCAGUCGCGAGAUUACGAAACUUCUCGAUUUAAUAAUAUCCAUAAAAGGCUUGUAUUACGUUCGUGAAGAAGCUGUUAGCAUUAAUCUGCCUGAGAAUUGGAAUUUGAUAUGGGAGGAGCUUUCUCUUCCAAGAAUAACCUUCUGGGUAGAAUUCUUUCAACCUUUAAUAUCUCACAGAGUAAAACGUAUCAUAGACGACAAAUGGAUGGAAACUACUAUUGCGUUAAAAUCUGACAUAGUUGAACUGUUGGGCAAAGUAAUUCAUGAUAAAUUUGAGUAUCCAGAACACGAUUUGCGAUGGUUUAUCUGGAAAGACUCUCCAAGUGAUAUUCCUCAGAAGCUCACCAAAAAUGGUAGUCCAGAUAAUAAAAGAUCCCUAUUAAUGAAAACCAAAGGAUAUUCGCCGAAUAUUCUCAAAUUGUGCGAAAAUUUUGACUCAAAUUUACAUGCUUUGCUCGAAGAUCUUGAACAAUACUUGUAUGAAACAGAACGCGUAAUGUCUAUCAAGGACAAUUUAUUAUCUACAAAUAUAUAUUUAAUUUCGGAUUCAUUCUCUGAUCGCGCAGAGAUUCAAGAACAUUUGCAAACUGUCAGUAUCAGUAUGAUCGAAGAUUUUAUCAAUUUUGUGAAGACGUGUAUAAAUAAUAAGCCUGAAUAUGGUCAAUGUGAUAUAAACGCUGUUAUAACAGCAAGGUUUCUUUUAGCAUUGACGACGUUAAGUUCAAACUUAAAUAAAUGUUUCACACUCUCAAAAGUGUCAGGAUUGACCAUUACAAAUGCCAGAUGGCAGUCGGUUUGUGAUAAAUUGAAAGAAGAAAGCACUUUUGUUUGGUUGAUUUGGGCCAAAACCUAUAAAAAUAAGAUAAGUGAGCAUAGGGAAAGGUUUAUAUCUAAGGAAUCUCUAGAUGGUUAUCCAAUACAUUUAGUUAUAUCAGAAUGGGAGAAAGUGAUCAUCGAAGAGGACUCUGGAGAGGGGAGAAGAAUAAAGUCAGAAAUUUUAGUACCAUAUCAACCAUCUAUACAACUGCAGAAGUUUUUAACUGCUAUUAAUAAAGAUUUAAAUAAAGUAAUACCGCACACUCUUCCAAAGAAAGUGCUGUAUGAAAUGAUAGAGGACGUUGUGACAGAGUUAUUAAAUUAUUAUCUAACUGCACCUGGCAAUGCUAGACUUUCACAGAAGCAAGCCCUUCAAGUAUUAUUUGAUAUAAAGUAUUCUAGUCUGCUUAUGAUACCCCGUGAAAAUAAAAUUCUGUCAGAUUUAUCAACCAAAGCUUGUGACAGUGUGUUAUCAAAAAUCGAUCCAUUCGAUUACGAUGUUUUCAAUCCUUUCAUUCAUACUAACGUAAAGAAAAGUGUUCAAAGAUCACUGCUCAUACUAGGAAAUCUAGUACCUCAUUUGGAACAGUUACACACAAUUUUAGGAGCACGAAGCGAAUACAAUAACGCUGAAGGCGUGAAAUCAGAUUUGUCUUCAGUCCUGGCUUUAUGUACGGGAGCGCCAUGGUUCCCGCCUUUAACAGUAACAGCUCCGGCAAGAAAUUUGCCGCUUGUUACCGUACCCAUGCCAGAAAAGACACAGCGUAAAAAGACCACUAGCAAAGAAAAUACGAAAAGUGAUUCAGCUGGGGCUACGAUCAAAUCUGGUGCAGCGGCAUUUUUCGGAGCGAUGGGCUCGGAUUGGUUUGGUAGUAGUUAAAUUAUUUAUUUAAUUCGAUAUAAAAAUUGUAAAUAUUUUACUGUAUAUGUAUAUACACGCUAAGUAUAUUCAUGUAAAUACUAUAAUAUUGAAUUACCUUUUUGACAGUGUUGUCAGUAUUGAAUAAAAUAUUUUGUACAAUCUUUAAA